AUGAGCAUGAGUCUUCUAAUGAUUAUUAAGAAUGUAAAAUUGGCUCCUGAAUAUGCAUUGCUGGGAAACUAUGACUCUGCAGUGAUCUUCUAUCAGGGAGUUCUUAACCAAAUGAUCAAGUAUCUGUGCUCAGUCAAAGAUACAUACCUCCGUCAGAUAUGGCAACAGGUUUGGCAGGAAAUAAAUGUGGAGGCUAAGCAUGUUAAGGAUAUUAAGAAAACACUAGAGAGCUUUAAACUGGACAGCACUUCUUUGAAAGCUGCACAGCAUGAACUUCCAGCUUUUGAAGGAGAAGUCGGGUCCUUGCCUGUACCUGUUGAAAGAAGACCCUUACCAGGAUCCAGAAAACGCCCCUCUUCUCAGCCCAGUGACCCUAAGCCACACAGUAACCGGCCAGGUACAGUUGUCAGAGCUCUUCGGCCAUCUUCUGCACAGUAUCUUCACAAUGACAGAGGGAAAGCUGUUCGAAGUCGUGAAAAGAAAGAACAGAAUAAGGGAAGAGAGGAAAAUAACAAAUUACCUGCUGCAGUUAAAAAAAUAGAGGCAAAAAUCUUUGAUAGCACGGGGUAUGACAAGGACUUAGUAGAAGCUUUGGAAAGAGAUAUAAUUUCUCAGAAUCCCAACGUUCAGUGGUAUGAUAUUGCUGAUUUAGUAGAAGCCAAAAAAUUGCUUCAGGAAGCAGUGGUCUUACCAAUGUGGAUGCCAGAGUUCUUUAAGGGCAUUAGGAGGCCAUGGAAAGGUGUGCUGAUGGUUGGCCCACCUAGCACUGGAAAGACUCUUCUUGCUAAAGCAGUUGCCACAGAAUGCAAGACAACAUUCUUCAAUGUCUCUUCAUCAACUCUGACUUCCAAAUACAGAGGAGAGUCUGAGAAGCUUGUCCAUCUUCUGUUUGAAAUGGCUCGGUUUUACUCCCCAGCUACCAUAUUUAUUGAUGAGAUAGAUUCCAUUUGUAGCUGCCGAGGAACUUCUGAAGAACAUGAAGCAAGCCAAAGGGUGAAAGCCGAGAUGCUAGUUCAAAUGGAUGGUGUUGGAGGUGCCUCAGAAAAUGGUGACCCUUCCAAAAUGGUUAUGGUUCUGGCAGCUACUAAUUUCCCAUGGGACAUAGAUGAGGCUUUAAGACGUCUUCUGGAGAAAAGAAUCUAUAUUCCGUUACCAACAGCAAAAGGCAGGGAAGAACUGUUAAAAAUAAGUUUAUGAGAGCUGGAAUUGGCUGAUGAUGUUAAUCUUGCGAGCAUUGCAGAAAACAUGGGAGGCUACUCGGGUGCAGACAUUACCAAUGUGUGCAGGGACGCAUCCUUGAUGGCCAAAAGACAACGGAUUGAGGGUCUAAGUCCAGAAGAAAUCCGGAACCUUUCAAGAGAAGAAAUGCAUAUGCCUACCACCUUGGAGGAUUUUGAAAUGGCUUUAAAGAAGGUUUCUAACUCAGUAUCAGCUGCAGACAUUAAAAGAUACGAGAAAUGGAUAGUUGAGUUUGGACUGUGCUAA